AUGUCUCGCAAUCCCCUCCCGCACAUUCCCAAGGCGGCUGUCGAGUCCACGGAACCCCCACCACAACCUAUAGCCUCCAGCUCCAAGCACACACUGAACAUGCCACCACUCGCUCUCCCCGACUCAAUCACGUGGGAUUACGAGCCAGUCCCACGCGCGCCGCAGCAGCUCUCAAAGGACGACAGGGAAGCGUUCAUGGCCGAGAUGAUGGGCUUCGACCCGUACCACCUACUCUCAGACAUCGCCGAGCACGCCCGCUCGGCAAUCUACCCGACCGUCAACUCGGUCGAGGGGUGGGCGCGGUCGAUCGCGUCAGGACGCGCAGAGUAUGAUCAAGAGGUAGACCGAGGGAGCCACGCGUUCGAGACGCUUCUGGAGAACGUCAUUGACCGCGCAUUCGACAAGUACACUGCGUACGCAUUGCGGAACAGCUUUGCGGUGCCAGACGGGAUGGACUUGGUUCUGCCGUGGCACAAGGAAAUGGAUUUCGCGCGCGCACAGUUCAUCGCGGACCUCGAUGAGGGAGAGGACGUGCUCGCUGCCCGCCUCGCGAGUUUGCGCGCAAAGGUCGAACAGGCGCGACUGGUGCGGUAUCGGCUUGAGAGGGCCGAGGCGGUGCUCGACCGAAGACUGCAGGUGGCGCAGCACCGGCGGAACGAGGUCGGCUUUGUGCGCGAUGCCGUUGCGGAAGCCGGACUUAUUCCGCUCGACGAGAAGGCGGGCGGCGUGGUGGACGCGCUUGGUUCCCUUCACACCAAUCUCGAGGACGUCAAGAUGCAGGCGCGGCCGCCAGGCGUUUCUCCGGGCGUUGCUUGGGAGACGGGCCGCCAGGCAUACCUCUCAUGGGCGGUUGGUAAGGCGCUAGCUGACGGACGCGCAGGCGAGGUGCCAGCGGAUCGUCUAGAUGCCAUCGAACGGCAAACGACUGAGGUCGGAACAGAGGCUGAUCUUGAGCAACUGAACGCGGUGGCGGGGAGGAAGUAG